CCCCGCCCCGCCCCUCGCCGCUGGCGUCCCAACAUGGCGGCGGCGGGCGGCGGCGGGCCGCUGGCGCUGCUGGUCGCGCUGCUGCUGGCGGCGGCGGCGGCGGCGCGGCUGUACCGGGCGGGGGAGGACCCGCUGACCGUGCUGGCGGCCGGUUCGGUGCGGCGGGCGCUGCUCAACUCCUCCACCGCCUGGGUGGUGCAGUUCUACAGUUCGUCCUGCGGUCACUGCAUCGCCUUCGCCCCCACCUGGCGGGCCCUGGCGGGGGACGUCAAAGACUGGGAACCUGCAAUUAGAGUCGGUGUGCUGGAUUGUGGGGAAGAAGAGAACUAUGAGACGUGCAAAGAAUACGGUAUUCACUAUUACCCAACUUUUAGGUACUUCAAAGCAUUUACAAAGCAGUUUACUACUGGAGAAAAUUACAGAGCAGGAGCAGAUCGAGAGCUGCAAACAGUCCGUCAGAUGAUGAUUGACUUCUUGCAGAACCAUUCCCAAGAGUUGAGACCGCCUGCUUGCCCGCCAUUGGAUCCAGUUUUGUCCAGCGAUAUCACCUCUCUUCUUGACAAGAACAGCCGUCAUUAUACUGCCAUUGUGUUUGAAAGUAAUAACUCCUAUGUUGGACGAGAGGUUAUUUUAGACUUGAUCCAGUAUGAAAACAUCGUUGUAAAGAGGGCGUUGAAUUUUGAUAAGCCUUUUCUUGAGAAACUUGGUAUUACCUCAGUUCCUUCAUGCUAUCUAUUGCACCCAAAUGGGUCCCAUGGAUUAAUUAGCAUUUUGAAGCCUCUACGGUCUUUCUUUUCUUCGUAUUUAAAGUCACUGCCAGGUGUAAGAAAAAAACUUCUUUUGCCACUCCAGCUACCUGUUCAAGAAAACAAAGGGGAGAGCACAGAAAUCAAGGUGUGGAAGGAGUUCGAUAAAUCUAAGCUGUACAUGGCUGACCUUGAAUCGGGAUUGCAUUACCUGCUCAGGGUAGAGCUUGCUACGCACAAGACACUUGAGGGAGCUGAGCUGAAGACCUUCAAGGAUUUUGUUGCAGUCUCUGCCAAGCUUUUUCCUGGCCGUCAGCCUGUGGUAAAGUUGUUAGAGACCUUGCAAGAGUGGCUGGUGAGCCUUCCAUUAGACAAAAUCCCUUAUGAUGCUAUCCUAGAUCUGGUCAACAACAAAAUGCGGAUUUCAGGGAUAUUUCUCCCUAAGAAAGUUCAGUGGGUCGGAUGUCAGGGCAGCAGACCAGAGCUGAGAGGUUAUAGCUGUUCCCUUUGGAAGCUGUUUCACACCCUAACUGUUCAAGCUGCGCUGCGACCAAAAGCUUUGAUAAAUACAGGUCUUGAAGACAAUCCCCAAAUAGUACUUCAGAUCAUGCGGAGGUACAUUCACCACUUUUUUGGCUGCAAGGCUUGCACUCAGCAUUUUGAAGAAAUGGCUAAAGAGUCCAUGGAUUCUGUGAAAACCUUAGACAAGGCUGUUCUCUGGCUCUGGGAGAAACACAACGUCGUGAAUAACAGGCUCGCAGGUGAUUUGACUGAAGAUCCAAAAUUUCCCAAAGUUCAGUGGCCAACUCCAGACAUUUGUCCUGCAUGUCAUGAAGAAGUUAAAGGAUUGCACAGCUGGAAUGAAGCCCAAGUUCUACAGUUCAUGAAGUAUCACUAUAACAGUGAAAAUAUUCUCUAUAAAUACACUGAAAGCCAGACUGACCCCAGUGAGACUGAACAGGGAGAUACAAGGGAGGGGAAGGACAAAAGCCUACUGAAGAAACCAAGUGGAAACAGAGAAAAUAAGAGCCAGGAUAAAGAAAACGUGCUCGAUUCAGAAUCUAAGGUGUUAGAUAAGCUAAUAGCAGAUCACGGACCUGUCAAAGGUAGCGGUAAAAGCGCAGUUGGAUCAGCCAACCUUAAAGAGACGAAGCAGGCUGUGUCUUUCUUAGGGAUUGGAUUUUCGAACAUCGACAUGAGUCUGUGUGUCAUUCUGUAUGUAGCGUCGUCCUUAUUUUUAAUGAUAAUGUACUUUUUUUUCCGAAUGAGAUCUAAACGGUGGAAAGUGAAGUAUUAUCGUUCAUCUGUAUAGAAGUUUAAUUGGAAACAAAGUUUUCAUCGUAUGUGGCUGUUCGGUACCAGAUGCAGCUUUAAUAUUUAUGAUCAGGGAUUUUAUAUACAGUAUUCCUUGUUUAAAACCCCUUUCUUCCCAAGUCAUUUCACAAGUGUUCUAGCUUAAUGUGCGGAGCUCACCGUAAGGACCCCAGUCUUUAACUGAGGCACAUAGUGCCAUCAUCAAAUGCCCGCUGAAGGAAGCGUUGUGUUUUCAGUUAAGACUUUUCCAUGACUUACCACCUACAUCCUUUACUCAUUUUCAGAGUAAACAUUACAUUAUGCAGUCGACUGUGCCUGGUUUUAGAAGGAAAUUGGAUAUUGUUUUGUGCACUUCAAGUUAGGGUGGUUUUUUUUGUUAAUUUAUCCAGAGCUGAUUUUACCUACCAGAGUACUGAAGAGUGAUGCUCUGUAACCUUGGCUGCUUCAUUUGGAGAAGCAAGAAUUCUGAUUCUUUCGUUCAGGAAACAAGAAUUCUACUCUGAUUAAAUCAAUUCUAAACCUC